UCAAUUAGGAAAAAGAUAUCUAAAAAGUCUCUGGGAACAAGAUGGGGAAGACAAUAAUGAAAAACGAAACAUUUGAGAAACACAGCUCUAAACUCAUGUAAAGAGUGCAUGAAGGAAAGCAAAAACAGAAAUGGAAAGUGGCCCAGAAGCAUUAAGAAAGUGGAAAUCAGUAUGUUCCCUAUUUAAGGCAUUUGCAGGAAGCAAGGCCUUCAGAGAACCUAGAGCCCAAGGUUCAGAGUCACCCAUCUCAGCAAGCCCAGAAGCAUCUGCAGUAUCUACGAUGGCCUCACCCUUUGCUUUACUGAUGGCCCUGGUGGUGCUCAGCUGCAAGUCAAGCUGCUCUCUGGGCUGUGAUCUCCCUGAGACCCACAGCCUGGAUAACAGGAGGACCUUGAUGCUCCUGGCAAAAAUGAGCAGAAUCUCUCCUUCCUCCUGUCUGAUGGACAGACAUGACUUUGGAUUUCCCCAGGAGGAGUUUGAUGGCAACCAGUUCCAGAAGGCUCCAGCCAUCUCUGUCCUCCAUGAGCUGAUCCAGCAGAUCUUCAACCUCUUUACCACAAAAGAUUCAUCUGCUGCUUGGGAUGAGGAACUCCUAGACAAAUUCUGCACUGAACUCUACCAGCAGCUGAAUGACUUGGAAGCCUGUGUGAUGCAGGAGGAGAGGGUGGGAGAAACUCCCCUGAUGAAUGCGGACUCCAUCUUGGCUGUGAAGAAAUACUUCCGAAGAAUCACUCUCUAUCUGACAGAGAAGAAAUACAGCCCUUGUGCCUGGGAGGUUGUCAGAGCAGAAAUCAUGAGAUCCCUCUCUUUAUCAACAAACUUGCAAGAAAGAUUAAGGAGGAAGGAAUAACAUCUGGUCCAACAUGAAAACAAUUCUUAUUGACUAGUACACCAGGUCACGCUUUCAUGAAUUCUGUCACUUCAGAGACUCUCACCCCUGCUAUAACUAUGACCAUGCUGAUAAACUGAUUUAUCUAUUUAAAUAUUUAUUUAACUAUUCAUAAGAUUUAAAUUAUUUUUGUUCAUAUAAUAUCAUGUGCACCUUUACACUGUGGUUAGUGUAAUAAAACAUGUUCCUUAUAUUUACUC